AUGGCCACGAUACAAAACACUAUACAGCCCAACACGCUAGAAGCACCAGGCUUACCACAACGCCCUACAACUCCGAGAGUGAUUCGCACCGUUGUCCACGAUGAAGGUCUUCCAGAAGUUGUUCACUCAAAUCAACCCUUAAAUGCCACAGAAUACUACGAUGCCCCGAUACCCGUAGACUCAGAAACAGACAAACGAUACGACGAAGCUCCAAUUCCAGUCACAACACUCGAUAAAUAUGAAGAUGCGCCUCCGCUGCCAGUUCGUCCAUCUUCUAUCACACCGCAGCCUCAGCAACCCUAUCCCUACGGCCCAGAUGGUUAUACUCAACCACAAAAUCCCGGCUUCGUUACUCAGUCACCGCAACUACCAUCCUUAAACAGCAAUGAGGUCGUAACGUAUGUGACACCGCUCGACCAGCUUGGAGAUCACCCAAAUGAGCCCCCCAAAGCAGCUCCUGAGACUUUCCAAGCUAACAAUCUCAGUGUCUCUGCAACAGUCCUCGGAUUCACGACGAUAGCUGGCGCUGUUGUUCCUUAUGCUGGGAAGUGGCAUUCUCACACAGCUCACUACUGCAGCAACUGUGACCACAAGGUGGCAAUUCGAAAAUGGGGAUCGAGUCAGAUGAAGCCUCAAGGGACAGCCGAUUAUCUGAGGGAGGCAUCGAGAUAUGGCCCUGCUCACUCACCGAGCAUGUCUAGUAGCUCGACACGAGGUUAA